GUUGAUGGGGAUUUUGGGAAAAUGGCAAACCGUCUGCCAGUUUGAUACAUUGGCAUUAAUUGUGGAGUUUUUGGUAGCUGAUGUGCCUUCCCAGGAUAUUCUUUUGGGUUUUGACUUUUUGAGUAAAUAUGGUGCCGUUGUGGAUUUUGGGAAAAAGGAGUGUCGAAUAAUGGGUAAAAUGUUUCCCCUGAUUGUUUCGGCAGAUAUGGAUAAGCCCCAGACUGUCUUCGUCUUGGAAGACACUUUAAUCCCCCCACGUAGUGAGGCAAUCAUUGCCGGAAAGGUGGAGAAUUCCUUGGUGGCCGGUUGUGAGGAGGUAAUCAACCAAGAGGGUGCAGAGAGGCCACGGGUAACUGGCAUUCCACCUAAAGAGACCGGGCUGCAGACUUCAAUUGCUGCAGAGGGUCGAGAGAGGGAGGUGGUAGUGCCAGGGGCCAGAUCCGAAGUACCCCCAGUCACAAGCGAGGUAUCAGGAAGCGGUGAUGCCUUAAUGGGAUCACAAUGGCAAAGAGGCCGGCCAGCUCGGGACACACAGAACCAAGGUGGUCAAGAAUCUUCAUAUACUGGGGAGAUGCAAACAUCCAUGACUAGCCAUUCUGCAAUGACCGGGGAGGCCCAGCAAGGUGCAUUGCUACCCAAAGAAGUGCGCCAAGGACGAUCAAGGAGGGCACCAGUAUGGUCCCUGGACUAUGAAAUGUUUUGAAUUCGACUCGAGGACGAGUCUGCCCUAUGGGUGGGGGGAGUGUAAUGAAGUGACGGUGGAUGAAUGUGUUGUUAUGAGUGGCGUGGGUGGAGUGGAGGAGUGGGUUGAGUUUAGUGAGUGUUUUCACCUGAUCACUGAUGAAUGGGAAGGUCCAGGAAGCAGUAAUUAUUGCAAAUUUCAAUGUCACCCGAGGGAUUAAAGAGAGAGGUGAGCACAGUGACGGCGUGUCUGAGAAACGGGCUGUUGCUGCAAAUGCCUACUGCACUCAAGGUUGGGGGGUGGGUGCCGUUCGCAUGCUAAUUAGGGCUGCCGGCGGUGAAGAUAGUCUAGCGGGAUAACCGAUAGAUAAGGCUGGGUAUAGGAGUGCGUGGGCAGUGCGCGGCUUCUCAGCAAGGGGUGCUCCGUUCCCGCUAUAGUUCGGAAACCUUCUGAGCGCUGGACUGGCGUCUGCUUUUCCCCCUUGCCAACCAGCGCCAAAGCCUAGACC